AUGAAUCAAAUAUCAUUCGUUCUUCAAUCAAACAUGAAAGAGUCACUCAAAAUGAUUAAAUUAUUUAAAGAAGAAGGUAAAACCAUAACAGCAUGGGACGUACUAUUAAAUCAAUUAUCCUCAUUAACCGUUAAGGGUGUUUGCUUUAAAUCUGAUUCCCCAGAUGUUUUCUCAACGUUUCAAGGUUAUAAAUACAACAUUCUCGAAAAGCCUGAUUACUCAAAAAUUGAGAUGUUUAUGAAUUUCAUUAAAGAAGCCAUUUGUGAUAAUAAUGAUGAAGUGUAUAAAUACCUUCUCGGUUGGAUUGCAUCAAUGAUUCAACAUCCUGGAAUCAAGAAUGAAACAGCAAUUACUUUGAAAGGACUUCAGGGAACAGGUAAAAACAGAUUCACAGACAUUAUUUCUGAACUUCUCGCUGGUUAUUCAUGCAAAAACAUUACUGAAAUAGGUGAGCUAACGGGUAAUUUCAACUCAGUAGUUGAAAAUAAAAUGUUUCUUGUACUUAAUGAACUCAAGAAUGUUGGUGAAGACAGACUCGCAAACUUCAACGCUUUGAAAUCAAUUAUUACGGAUAAUGAGAUUAGAAUUAAUGAAAAGAAUCAACCCAGAAGAACUGCUCAGAACGUUGCAAACUUCAUUUUCGUAACUAACAACGUUUACCCUGUCAAAAUUGAAGUUGGAGACAGAAGAUACGUAGUUUUAAGGGUUAAUGGUAAAUUUAAGGGUCAAUUUGAUUACUUCAAGAAUUUAAUGGAUUCAUGCACAAAGGAAUUUUAUGAUAAUUUACUGACGUAUUUUAUCAAUUACGACCUUUCAUCAUUUAAUGUACGAAUCAUACCGAUGACUGAAGCCAAACAAGAUUUAAUUGAAUUAUCAACAAAUCCUUUAGAUGUAUGGAUAAAUACACAUUAUGAUGAAUUGUGUGCAGGUAUGACGUGUAAAAAUGCUCUAUUCUGCAAAUCAUCAGACAUGAAAGACAAGAAUUUCCAAAUGAGUAUUAAGGAUAAAUGUGAUAGGAAACAUAGAAGAAUAGACGAUAAACAAACAUGGUGUUAUGUUUUGAAAGAAGAAAUGAAAGGAUUAUAUAAACAGGUUGAACCAAACGAUAAUGAGGAUUCAUUUACUGAUGAUGAAAUACCUGUAAAUGAAGCUUUAUAA